GGAACAUAGUCAGAAACACAGCAGAGAUUUGUAAGAUUGUUUCUUACAUCAAAUCAAGUUCUUAGUAUAUAUUAAUUGCUAAAUACAACUCGCACGUUCUUCCCCCAUCCUCUUUCUAUAUCUAUCUCUCAUUCAUCAAUGCCCUCAUCUGUCACCCAACAAUACCAUUAAAUGAAACCCCUCCCCCCCUCAGCUUCAAUUGCUUUGUGCAUAUAUAUAAUAUAAUCAUAAUAAUAUAUAUAUAUACACGCACACCCCCCACCCUUCCCUCACCCCAAAAACUCACAAUAUUUUUAAAUUUUCGAGAACAAAGCAUGGUUUUUUGAACUGCCCAGACCGUUAUUUGGUGCCAAACUUUACUUGUUUUUUUUUCAUCGUACUGUCUUGGUUUAAUCUGGUGUUUCUUGUUAGUGUUAUAUCGGAAAAAAAAUUAAUAAUAAUAGUUGAGUGGUCGUACGUGUAAAAUGGCGCCUUCAGGGACUACUGUUGUGUUGUUGGUGGGAAUUCUGUUGUGUUUGUUUGGCUCGGGGAGCUCCGGCGGCGGCGCCGGGGAGUUGGGUUUCAUUCCGUCGGAGUGCUUGAGGGUGCCGGCGACGGAGUUCGUGGGAUCCGUCAAGUCCACCUUGGACGCCGUGAAGGAUGUCGCUUCCGCCGUGGCCAAAUUCGCCAAUGUUUUCGGCGACUUCCGCCUUGCUACGGCGGUUUCCGAUUGCCUUGAUCUGCUCGACCUCUCCGCCGAUGAACUUUCUUGGACUCUCGACGCUUCCCAGUAUCCUAAUAUCGGGAAAAAAGACAAUAGCACCGGAAAUCUGAGCGAUGAUUUAAGGACAUGGUUGAGUGCUGCACUGAUCAACCAAGAUACAUGCAUGGAAGGUUUCGACGGCACAAACGGUUUUGUCAAAAACAUGGUUUCCGGCGGCUUAAACGAGGUAACCUCCUUGAUCGGCGACAUCCUCGGAAAGGUCCGACCGGUUUCCGACGGCAACACCAAACCAAAAACCCCCAUCAGCGGCGCCGGCAAGGGCAGCAGCGGCGGUCAUCAUCCCGGCGGCGGCAGAAAGUUAUUAUUCAGUAAUGAUCAGUUGAAGUUUCCGGAUUGGCUGAAACCCAAAGACCGGAAACUUCUGCAGUCCGGCGGAGUGGCGGCGGAUGCGGUGGUGGCGCUCGACGGCUCGGGGAGUUACAGUAGCAUAAUGGACGCCGUUUCUGCGGCGCCGGAAUUCAGUAGCAAACGCUUUGUGAUAUAUGUGAAGAAAGGAGUUUACAAAGAGUAUGUGGAGAUCAAAAAGAAGAAAUGGAAUAUAAUGAUGAUCGGAGACGGCAUGGAUGUUACCGUUAUUUCCGGUAACCGGAACUUCAUUGACGGUUGGACUACCUUCCGCUCUGCAACAUUCGCUGUGAAAGGCCGAGGAUUUAUAGCACGAGACAUUACAUUUGAGAACACGGCGGGGCCACAAAAGCACCAAGCGGUGGCAUUCCGAUCAGAUUCCGAUCUAUCAGUGAUAUACAGGUGCGCCAUGAGGGGGUACCAAGAUACUCUCUACGCACACACUAUGCGUCAAUUCUACCGGGACUGCACAAUCACCGGCACAGUUGAUUUCAUCUUCGGCGACGGCACCGUAGUAUUCCAAAACUGUCAAAUUCAGGCGAGGAAAGGCCUCCCCAAUCAGAAAAACACCAUCACAGCACAAGGCCGGAAAGAGUCAAUCCAACCAACCGGCUUCUCUAUCCAAUUCUGCAACAUAACCGGCGAUCCAGACCUAAUCGCCGCCGGAAAUUCCACCGCCACUUACCUCGGACGGCCGUGGAAGCAGUACUCACGAACAGUGAUAAUGCAAUCAUUCCUGAGUAAUGUUAUAAUGCCGCAAGGAUGGCUGGAAUGGAAUGGGGAUUUUGCACUGGAUACACUAUACUAUGGGGAGUACAUGAAUUACGGACCGGGGGCCGGGUUGGACCGCCGAGUCAACUGGCCCGGUUACCACGUCAUAAAUGACUCGGCUCAAGCCAAUGACUUCACGGUGGCACAGUUUAUUCUGGGUAACUCUUGGUUACCGUCGACCGGAGUCAAAUACAUUGCCGGUUUGGGAACGGUUUAACUUUGAUUAUUGUUGAUUUUCACAUAUAUGUUUGUAUGUAGAAAGGGGGAAGGGGAUUUUACUUAAGAGAUUGAUUUUUCUACACUUUCAAAUAUGGCUUUGGAUGUCACUCACUAUCCACUGUUAGAUGUUAAUUGUAAUUUGUUGUUAUAAAGGGUGAGAAAUUAUAUUGUUACUCAACGAACAUGAUGUAUCUCAAAGUGAAUGUUCGUUGACAUUUAAAAGAAUAAUUACUGUUGUAAUGUUUACUGUUAAGGAAAUAAAAGUUUACCAUUAUUUCGUGAAUUUA